AUGGAGUCAUUAACUGUCGCUAGUUCUCCUCUCAAGGGUAAGAACUUUUCUUGCCUUGAAACUUCUGUCAAACUCUCUCUGUGUCCCUCCUCGGUUCUGGCUUUGGCUGCGUCCUCGUUGUAUGGGAAAGUGAUUGCUCCCAUGUCUAUGGAUAUCCCCACUGUGCUUGACUUUGUGGCAAAGACUUGGAAAAGGCCGGUUAGUAUUUUUGCUAUGGUAGAUGAUUUGAAGACUUCCAAUGUGUUCAAGUUUGGUUUUGAUAACACAGACGAUAGGAACUGGGCUAUUUCUAACGGCCCCUGGUGCAUCCGUGGAUAUACAUUAGCUUUGCAAGAUUGGUCUCCGAGAGUGGAUGGGCUGAUUUUGUUUAACUCUCUUCGAGUUUGGGUUCAAGUUCAUAAUCUUCCCCAUGAGUUUUACUCAAAUGACAAUGGGCUGCUUCUUGGGGGGCUGGUUGGGAAAGUGCUUAAGUUAGAAAUGGAGGAGGAUAAACCAGCUUCUUGGUCCACUUUCUUUAAGUUUUUGGUUGAAGUCGACAUUAACAAACCCCUGGUCUCAAAGUGUUUUUUUGACCUGAACAGUGGCGUCAAACAGUGGUUACAAAUGAAGUAUGAAAAGAUUGGCAUUUUCUGCUACAACUGCGGCUGGCUGGACCAUCAACGCCGAGGAUGUUCUCUGUCGUCGCCGGUGACGGUGGCGAAAGGUGAUGGCAUUCCUUUUCCAAUGUUCGGACCGUGGCUCUCCACGUCCUCGGCUUACCAUGACGUUUUCUCUGGUCCGGUCUAUGGUGGAUCGAGUUCUUCUUCGUUGGUGAUAACGGGCAAAAAUGGCGAUGCGUUCAGAUCGUCGAUGGCUUCUCCGGCUGUGAUUGAUGGCGGGUCAAAGGGGAACACUGCUUUGGUUUGA